AUGGUUCUUUUUCUCCUAUCUCUGCUACCUCUGAUACCAAUUAGCUUCGUGAGCUUAAUGUCCAUGAGUGCAUCAUUGGAUCAAUUUAAAGUGCUGCAUAGAAGGCAAUUUAAACCUCCUUUGAUUUCACUGAAUGCACCUUCUCUUUCUCCAGCAUCUCAUGGUCCAGUUGUCACUCCUAUUGGUCUUACUCGAUCAAGGAGUAACCACCACCAUCGGGUGAGAACUCAUGCAAUUUCUCCAGAUCUAUCGGCUAUAGCAGGUUGUGGUCAUACUUGUACAGAGCCUCUCACUUCAGAACAUCGGUUCACCCUGUGGCUGUGUGCUUCCAAUGAAAAAGGCACCUAUCUAGUACAAAGUCAAGUGGUCAUAAUUGGCGCGACUGCUGAUAGUCAAAAUCAGGGAAGAUCAGUGGUUGAUAUUAACCUGGUGCCGCUGGGGGUAAAAUUUGAUAACACUACUGCUAUCCUGACUUAUGAGAGACUUAGGAAAAAGAAGGUGCUUCUGAAUAGGACCCUUUUUGGUGAUUAUGAAGUAGUGUGCAUUACAUAUCCAGGGCUUCCUUCAUCAUCUGAUACUUUUGGUGAUGGUCCAAGUGGAAGUGCUGGAGAUCAGCGAGACCCUAUCAACGCAGAUUUUGCUGACAAGAAUCAGAAAAUGAACCCUCAAAUGAUUUUUGUCAUUGCUCUGUCGGCAUUUGUACUCUUGGUAGUUUGCUGUGCGGCAGUCGUGAUACUCAUUAAGUGCAGGAAGUCUAACAGACCAUCCAACACUGUUGAUCCAGUAUUUACACAAUCAACAAACAAGAGAUCUGGGAUUGGAUCUAUGUUCUCAAGUAACCCAACCUGCUCAACAUCGGCAUCUCUCGUUGCAACCAUGCCUGCUUCAAUUCUAUCUGUUAAAACAUUUACACUAGGGGAGCUCGAGAAGGCCACAGAUAAGUUUAGUUCAAAAAGAGUUUUGGGUGAAGGGGGGUUUGGACGUGUUUACCAUGGGAUCAUGGGAGAUGGAACUGAAGCAGCUAUUAAGGUACUUACCAGGGACUAUCAAAAUGGAGAUCAAGAGUUCAUUGCUGAAGUUGAGAUGCUAAUUCGAUUACAUCACCGUAACCUUGUAAAGUUAAUUGGUAUAUGCAUUGAACAACACACACGCUGCUUGGUCUAUGAGCUAGUUCCAAAUGGCAGUGUGGAGUCCCACUUGCACGGUGAAGACAAGAAGAAAGUGCCUCUUGACUGGGAUGCACGGUUGAAGAUUGCUCUUGGUGCAGCAAGAGGAUUGGCUUAUCUUCAUGAAGAUUCUAAUCCUUGUGUAAUUCAUCGAGAUUUCAAAGCCAGUAAUGUUCUGUUAGAACUUGACUUUACUCCCAAGGUUUCAGAUUUUGGUUUGGCUAGGGAAGCAACAGAAGGAAAUCAUCAUAUAUCAACUAGGGUCAUGGGAACUUUCGGGUAUGUUGCACCUGAAUACGCAAUGACAGGACAUCUACUUGUCAAAAGUGAUGUUUACAGUUAUGGAGUUGUUCUGUUAGAGCUUCUAUCUGGAAGAAAACCCGUGGACAUGUCUCGACCUCCUGGACAAGAAAACCUUGUGACUUGGGCACAAUCUCUGCUGACUAGUCGAGAAGGCUUGGAGCAGUUAGUGGAUCCGUCCUUGGCUGGGACUUAUGAUUUUGAUGACAUGGCAAAGGUGGCAGCCAUUACUUCUAUGUGUGUUCACCCAGAGGUGACAAAUAGGCCUUUCAUGGGAGAAGUAGUCCAGGCACUAAAACUCAUCUAUAACGACCCAGACAAGACUUUCGGGGACACUUGUAGUGAGAAGGAGUCUUCUGCUCGGGAAUCUGACUUCAAAUAUGAUUUCCCCCAUUCUGACAGUAGUUGGUGGAAUGCUGGCGGGAUUACCCCACGGUUGACAUAUGGGACAAUGGAGUACAGUUCAGGCCCUCUUGAAGAAUUCGAAAACAGACCAUUUUCGGCUUCAGAGUUGGUUGAGGGUGGUGUUGCCUUGCCUAUUAGGCAUGGUAAUAGAUCAGGUCCUUUGAGGACAGUGCGGAGUAAACAAGCUCUUUAUAGAUUACAGGGGAGUAUGAGCGAACAUAGUGGCCUCUCGAGACGUGCUUGGAUUAAUGGCACUGAAUAUGAAGCUUCCUUUUAG